CGAAACCUCCUACCUCUGCAUAACAGAGAUCGUUCCAACGGACAGAACGCCGUCGCUCUGGGAAAUACCACCGGUGCCACAUCCUCCUCACAACGCCGUCCUCUCUCCUUCCUCUCCAACAGAUGGCGCAACGAGCUCGUAGCCGCCGCGGCGGAAUUCGCAGGAACAUUCAUGUUCUUGUUCAUUGCGUAUGGGGGCACUCAAGUUGCGAAUACGGCAGCGAUUGCGGAUAAUGCGCGCACGGCGGGACAGCAAGAUGGGAGUAUUACGCAGGCACCGAAUACCAGUGUGUUGUUAUUUAUUGCAUUGAGUUUUGGGUUUUCGCUAAUGGUGAAUGUGUGGGUUUUUUUCAGGGUUAGUGGGGGGUUGUUUAAUCCCGCUGUAACGCUUGGCCUCUACCUCAUCGGCGCACUAACAGCCACCCGCGCAAUAUUCUGCUUCGUAUCACAAAUGCUGUCCGGAAUAUGCGCGGCUGCCGUUGUAGAUGCGAUUCUCCCCGGCCCGCUGAACGUCUCGACAACGCUUGGAGCAGGGACUUCCAUCGCCCGUGGCGUAUUUCUGGAGAUGUUUUUAACAGCCCUCCUGGUGUUUACAAUCUUCAUGCUUGCGGCUGAGAAGCAUAAAGCUACGUAUCUCGCUCCGAUUGGAAUUGGGUUGUCGUUGUUUGUUGCGGAACUUGUUGGGGUUUUUUUCACCGGCGGAUCCCUCAACCCCACCCGGUCCUUUGGACCCUGCGUUGUAACGCAAACCUUUCCAGGCUACCAUUACAUAUACUGGCUCGGGCCGCUCAUGGGCACACUUCUCGCAUUCGGAAUGUAUAAAAUUGUCAAAAGCGUGGAGUACCAGACCGUGAAUCCAGGACAGGACUUUGACGACCAUGAGGCUGAGCUCUUCAAACCUCCGUCCAAUCCCUCGCACAGGGAAGAAGUUGCGCGUCCAAAUGUUGCGGCUAUCGUCGCUGAAGAAGCUGUGCGAAUGGCGUCUCGUAGUUCGGGCUCUGGGUCGGGCUCGGGA